UUGGAAAUAAGGACAGAAUGCAUCCUGUGACUUUCUCGCUAAGAACUUCUCAGUAUUUUACCUUCACGACUCUCUAAUGCCGUCAGUCUCAUACAGCUUAACUGCGGAAAUGUGUUGUCUCAGCAAAGAUUUCAUCCUCAUGAGAAUUACAAACGUGUGUAAAGGUUUUUCCUGUGCAAUGGUUCUCAUAGUUGGGUCGCUGAAGCAUGAAGAGAGGGUCAGUGAUUUUAAAUACAGUUACAGUGGCGGAAAUCCCCACCCACUAUUAGCUAAAUUCUAUUUAUUAUUGAGUUCUGAUAGAGUUAUUAGCCUGUUUGACUGGUCACUUGGAUACAAUGCGUUUAAUUCAAACCUCACAACAGAAAAACAAGUAAGCAGACAGUACUGUUAGACGAAAACAACUCUCUCUCUCUCUCUCUCUCUCUCUCUCUCUCAAAAAAAAAAAAUAAAAAAAAAAUACCGGAAGCGAUUACAACCGAGACGCCUUCAGUAAAUGUUAAAUAAAUGCCUCCUAACAAAAACGUCAGCACAUCAACUAUUACACGUUUUACUUUGUUAAAUAACACAUUUUUUUUUAUAAUGAAUUUAUUAUUAGUUUUAGAUUAUGUGGAGCGUUCGCCAUACAAUUCCCUGUGAUUGAGCUGUUAUUACAGAAACAACAACCUAUUAGAACGAGCGCAUUAAUAUUAAUUUAUCGUUAGUUACAGCCGGAACUACUUUCAGAACCUUCUGACCAAUCAGGUUCGAGCAUUCAACCUAUUAAUCAUGUCAACAAUUAGUGUAUUCUGUCAGUGGAAGGUUGUCAGUAGACGGCCCUUUGGCUGUAAUAAAUAGAUAAAAUAGGUUGUAUAUCUUUAAAUAUUCAUGAAAUAAAUGCGUAGACGGUCAGUAAAAUUGAAUUAAGUUAAAUGGGUCCCUCGUGUGUGAGACUGAAGCAGUAUUAGGGUGUUAGAGGCGUAAUGGGUGCUGGGGAGGUAAACAGUUAUCAGCAUAAAUGGACACAAUCUUCUUCAAAUGUAAUCGCGGACAGCAGGCACAAUACUGUUAAUACAGGAAUGCACUGUAUUGAUAAGGCCUACAGAUAUACACUUUGCAAUCAUUACAUUUAUUGAAACAUAUUUCAUAACAAACACAGUGCAAAGUAUUAGCAGAUGGUAGAGUAAAUUUUAAGUAAAAAUUAAGCGAUCUUAUACAAGUGGCACUGAACCGGUUGGAAGUCGAAGGAAUCGGCUCUUACUGGUGAGCUGAGCCGAGUGAGUGAUGUGACUCACUGAAAAGAUUCAGAAUUCCCAUCACUACUUCCCGAAGAGCACAGUCCUGAACCUCCCCCAUCCCCUUAACUCAAAGCAGAGUGCGUGGUCCAGGAAUUUUAGCGCCUGUUGUUCUGAUCUGGAUCAAAAAGCUCCAAUCAAGUUCUCCAUAGAAAUAAUAGGACUGUGAGACUCCUCUGGAGUAGUGCAUGUAGGCCAUAAGAGAGAUGCAGCACCAACUCAGCAGCCUGUGAACACAGGUAAUAUCUAUCCAUCCAUUUUCUGCACCGCUUAUCCUAAACAGGGUCACGGGGAGGCUAGAGCCUGUCUCAGGGGCUACAUUUUUCCAGUCUUCAGCUGUCCAGUUUUGGUGAGCCUAUGCCCACUGCAGCCUCAGCUUUCUGUUCUUGGCUGACAGAAGUGGAACCCGAUGUGGUCUUCUGCUGUUGUAGCCCAUCAACCUCACUGUUUGACAUGCUGUGCAUUCUGAGAUGCUUUUCUGCUCACUACAGUUGUACAGAAUGGUUAUCUGAGUUACUGUAGCCUUUCUGUCAGCUCAAACCAGUCUGGCCAUUCUCCAUUGACCUCUCUCAUCAACAAGGUGUUUACAUCCACAGAAGUGCUGCUCACUGGAUGUUCUUUUCUUUAUUGCACCAUUCUGAGUAAACUCUAGAGACUGUUGUGUGUGAAGAUCCCAGGAGAUAAGCAGUUCUAGAAAUACUCAAACCAGCCCAUCUUGCACCAACAAUCAUAAUACGGCAUCUGUAACCCUACUGUAUUAUAAAAGAAAAUGUGAUUCAUCAGACCAGGCCACCUUCUUCCAUUGCCCCAUGGUCCGGUUCUGCAGCUUUUGACAGUGGACAGGUGGUCAGCAUGGGCACUCUGACCAGUCUGCGGCAACACAGCCCCAUACACAGCAAGCUGCAAUACAUUGUGUCUUUUUCAGCAAUUUGUGCUACAGUAGCUCUUCUGUGGGAUCGGACCAGAUGGGCUAGCCUUCGCUCCCCACAUGCAUCAGUGAGUCUUGGGUGCCCAUGACCCUGUCGACGGUUCACCAGUUGUCCUGCCUUGGUGUAAAACACUGCAUAAACACUGCAUACUGGGAACACCUCACAAGACCUGCCGUUUUGGAGAUGCUACGACCCAGCUGUCUAGCCAUCACAAUUUGGCCUUUGUCAAAGUUGCUCAGAUCCUAGUGCUUACCGAUUUCUCCUGCUUCCAUCACAACAACUUUGAGAACCCACUCCUUGACAGGGAUAAGCAACGAGAUAACGAGAUAAUCAACGUUCAAUUCACCUGUUAGUGAUUUUUAAUGUCUAAAGGCUGAUUGGUUUGUAUAUAUAUACACACACACACACACACACACACAAGUCUGAAGAAGAAUAUUUAGACAGAUGUUCUACAUAAAAGAUUACUGUGGAUGGUCCCACACAGAUACCCUAAAGUUUGCACUUACCAAAAAUAUAUAUAUAUAUAAUAAUAAUAACAGUUAUGCCCAAGACUCACCCGCUCUUCAGUAUAUAAGUGUAGACUUAAAAACUUAUGCUGUAAUCAUAAAGAGCAUCAUAUUGAGCGUCAAAUAAUCCUUUUUGAGUCUGGUUCUCUCAAGAUUUCCCCCUGAUGUCAUCUCAAGGAAUUUUUAUUCACCACUGUCGCAUGUGGAUUUCUCAUUAGGGAUCUGGAUUUCUAUAAAGCUGCUUUGUGACAAUGUCUGUUCUUUUGUGGUAUUUAAAUAAAACUGAAUGGAACUGAAUUGAAUUGAAAACACAAAUGAACAUAGAAUUCUGGUAAAAUAUAGGUGCAUUUUUCAGAAUCCAAGGUGGAUGUGAACCUUUGGACUUAUAUUUUAUAAAAUUAUUUGAGUGACUGAUAAUGGUAUUGAAAGUUCACAGUAUCCAUUUUGCAUUUUAGUUUGUUUUUGAGAGAAAGAAGGGGCAGUGGAAUGUAAGGAAUGGAAGAGUGGUGCAACACCUUCCCUGGAUUUAAUGUAGACCAUGCGGAACAAACUGGUCCUAUAAAUAAUAGAAAUAAAAGCGUGUAAGGUCUUCACUCCUGAGUCAUCAGCGUGUGGAGUAGAGCUCCUGGAAAUUAAGCUAGCUGUACGCAUGUUACAGUCUACUGUUUUUACUGCCAUUGGAGUCUUGAUAAUCUUAAAGAAGCUACAUUCAAGCUUUGAAAAAGCCGUUAAAACUGUGGUGGAACUGUGGAUUUUUUCUGCUUUCUUGAUUUUGAAAAUUGAGUUUUCUGAUUUUGUAGUCAUGUCAGUGUUGAUUCUCCUUUUGAUGGUGUUCUUUGGAACUCUGCCAUUAGGUGGCUCGACAGGGGAUGAUUGUCCUUUGGAGUUGAUGGAGCUGAAAGAGAGCAUUCAUAAACUUAAUUAUGAGCUGAUACUCGGGGACUGGAAACUGAUGCACCUGCGUACGCACCGCCACAUCAGACCUGCAGCAGAAACAAAACAGGACAACACGACCCUACCAGCUCUGCCAAGCACGGGGGGAAACCUGAUGGUUAAUGACAGAGACUGCUCUGAGCUGUUUGACAGGCUCAAACCUGAGAGUGGGUUCUACCGGAUCAGACCAGAUGCAACUCUUGAGCCUUUUCUUGUGUACUGCGACAUGGAAGAUGGUGGAGGUUGGACUGUGGUACAGAAACGUCGUAACGGUAAAGUCAAUUUCGAUAGAGACUGGGGGCAAUAUAAGAAUGGGUUUGGUCAUUUCAAAUCAAGCAAAGAUGAGUUCUGGCUGGGCAAUGAUCAUAUUCAUUCCUUACUUUACGGAGGUGAAAAGGUAAUGAAGAUUGAUCUGAUGGACUGGAAUGGAGAAAAAUCAUAUGCGAUAUAUGACAACUUCAGAGUAGCAAAUGAAAAGGAUAAGUACAGGCUAUACUUUGGCAUGUACAGUGGCCGUGCUGGAGAUGCCUUGUCUGGUGGGAGCAGUAUGGUGGAGCAGUGGUCUGCCUCUCACAGUGGCAUGCAGUUUACCACCAGAGACCAGGAUAAUGAUCGCUACCUGCAAGGAAACUGUGCUAUAGAGAACAAGGGAGGCUGGUGGUACAACAGGUGCCAUGCUGCCAACUUGAAUGGAAAGUUUUAUCGAGGAGGGAAGUACACGGCGAAACAUGACAAUGGGGUGGUGUGGAGCACCUGGCGAGGACUCUGGUACUCCCUCAGACACAUAAGCAUGAAGGUGCGACCUACAGCAUUUAUGGACAGCCUGGGGAGUGGAGCAGGACCUGACAGCUAAAACAUUACACUUUUUUAUGCUUCAUGUCUUGAGAAGUGAAUGUAUGCUGCACCAUUAUGCAGUCCAAACAUGCAGCAAAAGCACAGAGUGCAGUAGAACAUUCUGAUUAUAACCUACAGUUAACAUGCAUGUGGAUCAUAGAUAUACUACAGCAUUCUUUGCUUUCUGAAGUAUAAAAUGAUACAUUAAAUACGCAUCCCAAGCUGUCUGUAUGAAAUGUCAUUUAUGAUAAAAGUAUC